AGUCCCGGAAGGCGAGGUGCUGACACACUUCCGGCCUUUGUGACUCAUUGUGUCUGUGUCGAGGCGUCGGGAGGGCCUAGGUCCGUGUGCGGCGCCCUUCGGCCGGCCUGAGCCCCAGAGUCAGCUCCCCUUGCUCGCCCAGCGCCCCUAGGCCGCUCCCGGGGCUCACGGAAGAGCGCGGAAACAGCUAUUAGAAGACAUCUCCUGGGACAGAAAGGAGAGCGCACGUCCUGUUCAGAUCAGGUCAGGUCCCUGAGCCUGAAUGAUGACAGCUGAGUCGAGGGAAGCCACUGGUCUGUCCCCCCAGGCUGCCCAGGAGAAGGACGGGAUCGUGAUAGUGAAGGUGGAGGAGGAGGAUGAGGAAGAGCACAUGUGGGGGCAGGACGCCAGCCUGCAGGAGUCUCCUCCUCCCGACCCAGAGAUAUUCCGCCAGCGUUUCAGGCACUUCUGUUACCAGAACACUUUUGGGCCUCGAGAGGCUCUGAGUCGACUGAAGGAACUUUGUCACCAGUGGCUCCGACCAGAGAUAAACACCAAGGAGCAGAUCCUGGAGCUGCUGGUGCUGGAGCAGUUCCUUUCCAUUCUGCCCAAGGAGCUCCAAGUCUGGCUGCAGGAGUACCGUCCCGAUAGUGGGGAGGAGGCUGUGACCCUUCUGGAAGAUUUGGAGCUUGAUCUGUCAGGGCAGCAGGUCCCAGGUCAAGUUCAUGGACCUGAGAUGCUCGCGAGGGGGAUGGUGCCUCUGGAUCCAGUACAGGAGUCCUCCAGCUUUGACCUUCAUCAUGAGGCCACCCAGUCCCAUUUCAGACAUUCGUCUCGGAAACCCCGCCUCUUACAACCACGGGCUCUCCCUGCCACCCACGUUCCUGCCCCUCAUCACGAGGGGAGUCCCAGAGACCAGGCGAUGGCAUCUGCACUAUUCACGGCAGAUUCCCAGGCAAUGGUGAAGAUCGAGGACAUGGCCGUGUCCCUCAUCCUGGAGGAGUGGGGCUGUCAGAACCUGGCUCGGAGGAAUCCCAGUAGGGACAACAGGCAGGAGAAUUACGGGAACGUGAUUCCCCAGGGUUGUGAAAACAGGAAUGAGAAUGAGGAGUCCACCUCAAAGGCUGAAAUUGCAGAUGACCCAGCGUCACAGGGGGAGACAGCAGGAAAGUUCCAGAAAGAUUUCGGAGAAAAACGUGACCAGCAGGGCAGAGGAGUAGAAAGGCCGCAAAGAAACCCUGAGGAGAAAACCGGGAAAGAAAAGAGAGACCCGGGGCCAGCUGCAGUCAAGGAGAAAAAACCCAGCCCAGAAGGGCGAGGCCCUCGGGAGAAGGGGAAGGCGCUGGGGAGGAGCUUCAGCCUGAGCUCCAACUUCAACGCGCCUGAGGAAGUUCCGACGGGAACGAAGUCCCACAGGUGCGAUGAAUGUGGUAAAUGCUUCACAAGGAGCUCCAGCCUUAUUCGCCAUAAAAUAAUCCACACCGGAGAAAAGCCCUACGAAUGUAGCGAGUGUGGGAAAGCCUUCAGUCUUAACUCCAACCUCGUCCUGCACCAGCGCAUCCACACAGGGGAGAAGCCUCACGAAUGUAACGAGUGUGGCAAAGCCUUCAGUCACAGCUCAAACCUCAUCCUGCACCAGCGCAUCCACUCUGGGGAGAAGCCUUACGAAUGUAACGAGUGCGGGAAGGCCUUCAGCCAGAGCUCAGACCUGACCAAGCACCAGAGGAUCCACACUGGGGAGAAACCGUACGAAUGUAGCGAAUGCGGAAAAGCUUUCAACCGAAACUCAUACCUUAUUUUGCAUCGGCGAAUUCACACCCGAGAGAAGCCCUACAAGUGCACGAAGUGCGGCAAGGCCUUCACCCGCAGCUCCACCCUCACCCUGCACCACAGGAUCCACACCAGAGAGCGAGCCUCCGAGUACAGCCCCGCCUCCCUGGAUGCCUUCGGAGCGUUCCUGAAAAGCUGUGUCUAGUGCGAGAAUUUGUCAACAAGCCAUUUCCCCCUUUUGUUUCUAAAAGUAUUGCAGAGAUGUGUGCCCACGGAGGGGAAAAAAACAGCCUCAACAGAUUUAAAAGGACAAAAAAAUCACUCUUAAGGAUCCUUCCAGUGACAUCAGCAGUGUUCUGCCUUUGUCUGGCCUGCGGGUGUGUGAUUGCUCCAAGCUGACCAAAUGGAUAACCCACGUGCUGUUUCCACACCAGAUAAAAGCACACAGACAGGCCAACGUCAGGCUUUUCAGAAAUGAGGAUACCUUUCAGGCGCUCUCGGACUCUCCGCAGCCACACGUGGGAUUGAAAGGUGAAGAUCGGCUCUGUGAAGAUGACACCGAGGUUAAAAACCUAUUUGCCGCAAACAAGCCCUACUUGGCCAACAUCUUGCUGAACCUUAUUUCUCAAAAAAGAGGGACAGUCCACACAAAAACCACAUUGGGACAUGCUGCUCAAACUAGUUCCAUAUACGGUAAGGUAUGUACACGGGCACUGGGGGCCUACCAAAGCUAUCGGGAUCUAGGACCGUGCUGAUCAGUGUCAAACCAAAGAUUUCUGUCUCUUCCUCAAAGAGAGGCAUGUGCGCCAGUCUGCGGUUCCAGAGGACGGCCACAAACGUAGACGGGUGUGUCCUCAUCACUGAGAUCAGCUCUAGUGAAACGGCAGCAGUGACUCAGAACACUUCUCUGCCUUCACGAAAUCCCCGAGCCCCUAAGCACUGUCGCACUCCUCGGUGCAUUUCUCCACAAGUUAGCACUUGAUUGUGUGCUGUCUUUGAACCCUUCAUUGUUCCGCGUGUGAAAGUUUUCAUCACUCCCCAGAAGAGACGCUUCUGUCAUCAGGGGAUGUGUUCAUACCCCUGACAGCCCUGGACACAGGGCUGAGCACAGAAGCACUCAUCCUGCCUGACUUCAAGCUGGACUUGCACACUUACGGUAAAGCCCUGUGAGUCACGGGCACCUGAAAUCUGGCAGCCUGGCCCGGCUGGCAAUCGGGGCAUUCAGGGCUCCAGGCCUGCUGAGGCUCGAGAGUCCGAUGCUGUUCUCGUCCGAAACAUAAAAGAGAGGCGCUGGUUAGCUGCCUGCACAGACUGCACCUAAACAUGGAUCAGCGAGUCAACACUGGACUGUCAGAAAUGACUUCAUUGUCAUCACCUUAAAGAAGAAAAAUGUGAACACUUACUAAGGACAUUUUUUGGUACCUGUCUAUGGCAAAGAUCUUAACCAGAACCUCUUCAGCCCCCUGCGGAAGCAACAUGAUUUGGGCACUUUCUGCGUCAUCUGUGACUUUCAGUAAUACGGCUCAGAAGGUGUGAUUGCUGUUGCCUUUCAGAAAGAGGAACGUUUGUAGGGAGCAUUUUUUUCCCUGCACUUUCCAGAAACAUUUAAAAAAUUGACAUCAUUAGCUGGCAAUUACCUAAACGUGUUUGUUGCUUUGAGAAAGUCACCAACAUGCGAAGCUGUGUUUGGUUGUAUCACAGUCACGCUCAUGGUGUCUUUUCUGUUUCUCCUCACUAAAGACUGAGGCGAGGUUAUGUAAUGUUGACCUUUCCCAUCACCUGUGCAGGAGGAUGCAUUGGCUUCUGGGUGGAAGCUAGUGACAGGCCGUUUUCAGGUCCACAUACAGCAGCGUGGGCUCCGUCAGAAGGCGUCAGGGCCUUAGGCAGAGAUGAACCUGCUCACUAGAGUGUGCGGCUGAUCCUGGACAGCCCUGCGGGGACUUGGAGUCUAAGAACACAACCUGAAGACCAUGCCCAUGACGGGAGACACCCCAUCCCCUGCAGAGUUUGAGAUUUUCUGUCAAGAACUAAAACUCAUUUGUCAGCUAUUCGCUAACCAGCAACCCACGCCUGUGAGACGGCGUCGCUUCACGAGGACCCAAGGAGGUGGGGCAGCUGUGGCCUUGGCUCCAGGCCAAACUGAACUUCCGCACGACACUCAUCCUCUGGCCUCUCCUUGCAGCCCGGACCAGCUACAGCUCCCCUGUAGCUUCUCGGCGAUUGCGUCGGUGCUGCCGGCGGAAGUCAGCUGGUGGCCAGAGUGCCCUCCAGUCUGAGAAAAGCAGGAGAGAUGCUCCAGAGGAGCAAACCUAAGUAGCUUUUUAUAGUAACGUGAAGGUAGAAGAAAUGCUUUCAGGAAUCUGCUUCAGAGAGCGAAGCAUAGAAAGCUGCCGGUGCUCUUGAGGAAAGACUUGGCCGGGAAGCAGCCGCCAGCCGUGAGGUUCCUGGCUCCUCACCCUGAGCGGAGCGCCGACCGUGCUGAGCAGGCGAGGGGCGUUGGUUGGUUCCACAUCGGCCCUUUUGAGCCGCAGCUACACGCUGACAUCAUUCAGCCCUCUUUUUUUUCUUCAAUGGAAAUUAAAGAAAACCUGUGCCCCCACAUUUAAUUCCUGUUUUACUGGGACAUCGUACUGACCAUGUGGGAUGGCCCCUCGGGGUUGCUUCAGGUCUUCGGCAACACACUCCUUGAAGCAGCUAUUUGAAGAUGUGUUUUCUGAAGAAAACAGGCUCCCGCUGUUUAUUAAAACCAUGCACAGUGCAUUCAUUUAUCAACUGCUCAGUGCAGAGUGCAACUGGGCCAUAGUCCUAAAGGCUUAUAGCAUCUAAUCAGCGCUCAGGAUAGUCAUUCGGAAGUUCCUGACUGGCUGAAGUCUGUCAGCAGUUGAAGUGCUCUCUGGCUAACCAUUAGCAUGCUGGCUGACCCAGUGGAAGUUUGUGGGAGGUUUUUUAAAACUACACCUUAAUCUUGCCAGGAAGAGACGUGAAAUCCUUCAGGUUGUGGGGGAGUCGCGUCGUCUUCAUCCUGGCAGGCAGGGCUGAAGCCUGAGACGGUCGAGGUUUGAGGCAUCUUGAUAUGUAAGGCACUUAGGAUUUUAUUAAAGGCAUACAAGGGAAACUGUGCUAAGUAUGCACAGAGAGGUGGACGUGUUUGUUGUGAGACAAGUCACAUCUCCCAUCGUAGAAUUCAUUCCGAGAAGGAAUCUCUUGAAUGUGAUGAGUGUGGCAAAGCCUUGAAUCGCAUCUCAGCCCUUGGCAUCAGAAAGCUUACACUGUAAAUAAACUGCUAAUACUAUGUGCGAGGAAAACUUUAUUGUAUAGCACUCAUUGCUUUGGACAGAAAAUGAAUUCCGUCAGUCUGUUCCAAUCAUGUAAUGAAUUUCAGAAACACUGCAGAGGAAGCUCAAUCUUAACUCCAAAGGAUCCACGGAAGAAAAAAAAAUGUGGGGAAAUGCUAAAGAAAUAGCAAAAUGUACGACUUCUGACAAGAACUGUAAAUGUCGGGUACUUCUAUAUAUUUUGUACGACCGUAGUGUCAGUGUCUGUGUUUUGUACCUCCAGCCCCUGUUGUUACUCUGUACAGCCCCUGUAAACAGAUAAUGUAUUUUAUUUUAAUCUAUUUGACAGAACACAUCACUCCAGAAGAGCAAUGUCUGGGAGUGAGUAGUGAAGAAGAUUGUGGUUAUAGACAAAAAAGUCAGUUCCAAGAACUGAGGAGGGGGGAAAAGAGAAAACAAAAACAAAAACAAAAAACCUUCAGAGUUUGGAGCUUAUCAAGUCAAGAGAGAUGAGCAGAUUGUUUAGGAGAGGCAGGUUCACAAGGCACUAAAAUGGAGCAGUUCCUCCAAACAUCUGCAGCUUCCUGGGACUUCCCUCCUAACAGCCAGGAGGUUGACCUCUUAGCUGCCAGAUCAGCGUUUCAGGCAAAGAGAAGGGGUCCUCUGAGCUUGUCGGGGGGAGUGAGAAGGUCUACGCAUUGCAUUGAGGUGGGGGGUGUUUAGGAAGACCAGUGGGACCCCUGAACCUUAACUGGAUGCUGUUAACCAUAGGCCUGCCUCUCCCACUAACUCGUAAAUCCUUGCUUUGAAAAUCAGAGUCAGGAAGACACCAAGACGGAGAAAACAGGCACAGAUGUGUCCAGUUCCUGUCGUGGCAGGAAGGUUCUAGAAGCAUUUUGCAGCGUUCCCUCUGGCUGUCUCCUGUGUAGCUUCCCUUCCCCCGACAGACUUGCCCUGGUUUCUGCUUGUUAGGAAGGAGGCCUUGUGAAGAUUCAUAGCCGUGAAAGAACUGUUUCUUACUUUUCAUCCUGGAGUUGAUCACCUUUUACUCUGGGUCUGGUCCUCCUGAUGUCCUCCCCUGAAGACCAGGUUCAUCCUCCCAUCCUCCUGGAAGACUCACUGUGCAAAUUGGAGUAACGGUAUUAAAACAGGAGUCAAGCAGGGACAGCGAUUCUUGUCAGAGGGGCCGUAUUUCUGUGUCCCGCUCUGCGCAACUUCUCAGAAACAUUGAUGAGGGGGCUGUGGUUCCCCAGCGGGAAGCCCAGUGAAGGUGUGCAGAUUGCAAAGUGAAACGUGGAGAAAAGGAUACUCAAUGAUAUAAAUAGAUCUUUUCGUAGAAGUUAGAGUAGAUUUUUUAUUUCAGCUACUACUGGAGAAUAUAAUAAAAAGCAUUAUUUGAGAAGUUUCCCUAACAUUUAGGUUUCGUUUUUAGAAUGGACAUGCUACUGUACAUUUUAAAGUAGUUACUUAUUUUGCUAUUCAAAUUAAUUUUUUAUUAUAUCUAAGAAGGAUAUUAUCUGUUUUACUUUUCAAAGCUUUGUAAAGCAAACUUGAAGUUCUAGGGGAGGUAAGCCAUCUCCAAUUCUGCAGGUCAAAGAAAAGUUUGGGAAAUACUUUGGACAUCUCAUAAUACAGAAUGUCUUAACACGAGAACUUAGCUUCACGGUGUCUGGUUCUGUUUAAUAGCAGAUACCACAAACCUCAUGUUUUUCUCUUAUCCUAAAACAGUGGAAGGUAUAGAAGGGGCAUUCGGUUGACUUCUGGACAAUGGUCUACUGUUAUUUUAACCUUUUUUUUUCCUUUUAAUCUUUGAGAUUCUCACCUACACUUACUAAAGAAUCAUGACUCACCUCACAUUACACUAAUUAGCAAAGUUAAUUGGUCUUAAAGUUAAAUUUUCUCCCUUCAGCAGGCAUUCAUUCAGCAGUCAGGCUGAGGGGUUUUAGAUGCAAAGAAUAAGUUCUGUGAGUGUUUGAAAGGUGGUAUUGAAACUGGGAUCUCUUUCCAGCUUCAGAUUUGGGUUUCAGGCUUCUCGGGUCCAGGGAGGGGUCUGGGCAGCUGCAGUCGCCCCAUGUCACCAUCAGUUGGUCUUCUGACAAGGUCAGGUGUGUUAGCAAGGAGAUGGGAGGUAGAGUGGGAAGGGCCGGGACUCCCAACUGGGCAGGGUAAUGAGGCAACCUGAGGAAGGAGGGGAGAGAGGCUGUUGGGUGUGAUGGGCGGAGCAGUGCUCACCUGCCUUCCCCCCCACUUUAGAAGCUUCACAGUGUGAAUAAGGUUUUAGUCCAUCCAAGCAAGGACAAAGCAUAUUAGACUGAGAGAUGCUUCUGCUGGCUGCAGAGGUUCUAACAUGAAUAUGUGAGGAGGUGGGUGGGAGGAAGUGGGUUGUGAUGACACAGGAAAAUUUGGUCUAAAAAGAUACCAGUUGGGGGAAAAGGGUGGGAUAUGCAAGCAAAAGCAGCAGUUAUUUUAAAACAAACGUAUUUUUAUUAACUUUUAGUUAAAUAUAGAUUAUUACAACCAGGUCAACAUGAUAAGCCUAAAUCUAUAUAUAGUGCUAACUCAGGCAUCGUCUUGUUUAUCUGUAGACUGGCUGAAACAAACCUUUCCUGUCUUGUCAGUUCCUGGUUUUCUUAGUUUAGAAUAAAUUAGACCAAAAGAAACUUACUUGUCUUUGUAUCCCCGCAGAGUUAAGUUAUUGCUGUUAAAAUCUGACCUUUUCAUUUCUCCAGUCUUCAAAGAGUCCAGAUGCUUGGUAGAUGUUCAAUAAAUGAUUUUUAAUUGAAUUUGUUUAUUUUUAAUCCUCAUUAACAUUUCUAGAAAGGCUUCUUUCAAUAAAUAAUGAAAUCUUAGAGGAAAAAUGUUUGUUUUUUUAAGCUGGGAAACUCCUCCUUUGAAAAUAAUUUGAAAACUUGAUCAAGGACUAAAGUUCCAAUCAUGAGAAAUGGCAGCAAAAUAAAAUUUAUAUGCAUUUAUAGUCAGUGGUCCAUUUUAGGAGGCCAGUGGUGUCUGACAAAUUAGAGUAGUGAGGUUGGGGAAGGAAGUUGUGGGGAUUUGUAAUAAAUAUUCUCUAUGUUGUUUCUCUUCUGGGUCAUGGUAAAACAAUAAAUUAAUCAUCUCUAGGUGGCA